GAUCUGGCUUGUGGGUUCAGUGGGUUAUUGGGCGCUUGACGGUCGUUAGCGUCGGAGACUCGCACAAUGCCCCACAGACGGAAGAAACCGUUCAUAGAAAAGAAAAAAGCUGUAACAUUUCAUGUAGUGCAUAGAAGUCAGAAGGACCCUUUGACGGCGGAUGAUAGUGCACCCCAGAGAGUUCUCUUGCCUGCAUUAAAGAGAAAUGAUGAAAAAAGAAGAGAAGAACAGCGGAAAUAUGGAGUAUUCUUUGAUGAUGAUUACGAUUACUUGCAACAUUUGAAGGAAGCUUCAGGACCUUCUGAACUUGUUCCAUCAAGCUUCCCAAAUCAAGGCAGGAUUGUAGUGUCUACAGAAGGGGAGGUAGAAGAUGAAAUUCAACACAUUCCGGCUCCUACCAUUAAUCUGCCCUCCUCAGUAUUUGCAUCAGAAUUUGAAGAAGACGUGGGACUAUUAAAUAAAGCUGCUCCUGUUCCAGGGCCUAGACCGGAUCUUGAUCCUGACAUUAUUGCAGCACUAGAUGAUGACUUUGAUUUUGACAGUCCAGAUAAUCUGCUUGAAGAUGACUUCAUUUUAAGAGCUAAUAAAUCUGGAAGCCUAGAACUGGAGAAGGAACUCUCUUGCUUAUCUGAAGAUGAAGAUGCAUGGGAAGAUGUGGAGGAGGAAGAGGAUGGAGAAGAUUCUCAAAGUGGCGAAGAAUAUGAUUCUGAAGGUCCUUUGUCAGAUGACAGUGAUUUUAAAGGGAAGAUGAAAGAAUUCCUUUUCAUGGAAGAAGAGACCAAGAGCCGUUUCACAGAGUAUUCCGUGACCUCUUCAGUCAUGAGAAGAAAUGAACAACUGACACUUCUGGAUGAAAGAUUUGAGAAGUUUUUCGAACAAUUUGAUGAUGAUGAAAUUGGACCACUGGAUAAUGCCGAAUUAGAAGGUUUCAUCCAAAGUGACAGCACUCGAUUACAGGAAGUGUUGAAUGACUACUUCAGAGAGAAAGCAAAGGAGUAUGUAAAGGGUCCUUACUGGGUAGUAUGCUUCUCGGAAAAUUUCUGCGUACCUGUUCAACAAUGA